AUGGUGCUGCUGGCUGGGCCCGGGCCGGAGGGCGGCGGGACACGCUGCUUGUCCCCGCAGUCGCCGACGCCACCCCGGGGCGCGCAGACAGGGGACGACCCGGGGGACUACGAGGAGUACGAAGACUUCUCGAGUCUGCCGGACACCCGCAGCAUAGCAUCAGACGAUUCCUUCUACCCUCCCGGAGGCGAGGAGGAGUGCGGCGCGGCGAGCGCGGAGUGCGUCCCGGAGGGCGUCCCGGAGGCGGCGACCCUCCUGCGCGCCGCCUGCACCAACGACGUGGGGCUGCUGCGGGCGCUAGUGCUGCGCGGUCCGAGUUCCGAGGAGGUACAAGAGACUGACCGCAACGGCCGGACUGGCCUUAUUGUGGCAUGCUACCAUGGCUUUGUGGAUACUGUGGUGGCCUUAGCAGAGUGUCCCCACGUUGACGUCAACUGGCAGGACAGCGAAGGGAACACGGCCCUCAUCACAGCUGCACAGGCAGGGCAUGCCACCAUCACCAACUACUUGCUGAAUUAUUUCCCCGGUCUGGACCUAGAAAGGAGGAACAUAUUCGGCUUCACAGCCCUCAUGAAAGCAGCCAUGCAGGGCCGAACGGAGUGUGUGCGAGCCUUGAUGCUGGCAGGGGCAGAUGUUCAAGCGAGGGAUCCCCGUCGUGGGAUGUCACCACAGGAGUGGGCUGCAUACACUGGCCGAGUGGAGGCUGUUCGUGUCAUGCAGAGGCUGAUGGAGCGACCCUGCCCAGAGCAGUUUGGGGACAAGUACAAGCCGGAAUUGCCGCUUCCCCCUGAGGUGCUCUUGAAGCCCCCAGGUUCCAAAAACUGCUUUCAGAGAUUCGCUGAGUUCCUGCGGACCACUCUGAGCUCCCGCUCAGGCCAGAGCCUGGAGGAUGGAGGCGUCCUUGAUCACAUGGUCAGGAUGACCACAAGUCUCUAUAGCCCUGCUGUUGCUGUCGUCUGCCAGACCGUGUGCCCAGAGAACCCUCCCUGUGUGGGGAAACGACGCCUGGCGGUGCAGGAAAUCCUAGCAGCUAGGGGGGACCGGGACGCCUGUGCUCUGGAUAGCAACAAGGUAGAGGGCUCUGACCCGCAAUUCCAGACUUUGGAGGGUCCCAGAGCCAGCCCCUGGCCAUCCCAGUCCUCUGGGGCCUCAGGAUCCACCCCUGCCCCUGUCUCUCGGAAGGCCAGCCUCCUGCCCUUGCAGUUGCUGCGGAGGAGCAGUGUGCGGCCAGGUGUGGUGGUCCCCCGAGUGCGCAUCUCCAAGGCCCCUGCACCCACCUUCCAGCCCGAGCGCGCAGCACCCAAGGGCAACACCAAGGACAGCAUCCACCUGCAGAUCCCCAAGUGGCGGUACAAGGAGGCCAAGGAGGAGAAGAGGAAGGCGGAGGAGGCGGAGAAGAAACGCCAGGCAGAGGCUCAGAAGGAAAAGCGGGCACCACGCUGGAGGAAAAGGACGUGAAGGGGGCCAUGAUGCCCACCGUGUGUGUGCCUGGUGUGGGGAGGCCGCGCUGGGAUCCAGCUGGGAGGCUGCGGGUGGUGUAGACAGCGCCACCGAGACGGUGCCCCUCUCUGCCCUGGGGUGCAUGCUGCAUUACACAGCCUCUGCCUGGGCCGUACUCCUUUCCCAGACCCACGAAGGGGGGGUUCACAUUGCUCCCAAGACAGAAUUGAAAAGACUAUAAAUGGUUUUUGCUUAAAACUAGUUCCCUGAGCAAUCUAUACACCCAAAGGGCAGUUUGCCUAGAAGUCACCCCUCAGAGGACCCCAAUUAAGAGUUUAAAAACUUAAAUUAUCAAAGGGCAUUUUCGCAUACUUUGUAUUUUGUUAUUUAUGAAAAAUUGCAGCAUUUUGCGAGUGGCAGGCUCUUUGUAAUUAAGGCAGUUUUAAUAUUUGCGUUUGGAGACCCUUUGUUUAAAAACGCCGUCUCUAGCAAUAAAUACUUGUAAUGACUGUGUGAAUUACACAGAACUCAUGGGAUUCUCCCCUUUUGCCAUUUGGUUCUGGCCUUUGCCUUCUCGUGUCCCAUGGACACACCUGUGCACUGGCUUUUCCUUUGAACUUGAGUGAUGCCAAAUGCCUGUUUCUACUUGAUGAAGGCACGGACUGCUAUUCAAAAUGAUCAAGUGGGAUGGAAGUCUUACUUUCGUUUCGUUUUUAAAAUUCUUUUGUUCCUAUCAUUGUCGUCAUCAUCAUCAUCAUCAUUGAAAGUGCUAGGGCACAUUGCAGAAGUGUAUAUGUUACUAGGACCAAACUCAUUUAAAGCAAAGGGCUUGGAUAGACCAUCUUCCAGACGAUUUGAGGAAAACAAUUAUUUAAGGGGGGCAGAUUUAACAAAUGAGUGGUAGAAACCAAGUCAUAUGUGCUUAGAAAAAACCAAACAUGGAUAUCCUUAAAAAUGUCAAAGCUGCAGAGGGUAAGGGAUGCUGCAAAAUGCUGAGGAGCAGACAGGUGACCUUUAGAACAGGUGGUACACACUUGAUGCUGGACAGUGGUUUGGGGAAGGUUUUCCUGGAGCGAGCCACACUCUGAUGGUGGCCCUCUCCUCCAGAGAGUCCCUUGUGCGUUUUGAUGGACAGUUCCCCUUUGAUGAGCCCCAAGGUUCAGCUCAUUCCCACACCAACUCUGUAGAACUUCCAGUACGUGGGGACUUUGGCGGGGAUGGGAUUUACCUUGGGUGCCAACCUGUCAGUAAAAAGUUUUCUUUCUCUUUCUUUCUUUUAUUUCCAAAGCAUUGAAAAAAUCCCAGCUGGGUCUUAGAGUAUCUGUAUCAUGCACUUUAUUUGAAUAUUUAAUGUAAAUACUUGGAAGCAAUAGAUUCAGAAUAUUACAGACUGAUUUGGAAGCCCUUUGCUGAGGUCCGUCCCACACUGUGGGUGCACGUAGGGAGUGGGGGGGGCACUGGCUUAAUCUCUUUCUUUCCUCCUUGAUACCAUUAGACAUCGAGCAACGAGAGAUCUCACACUAGCCUUCCCCCAAACUCCAUAAAAUAGGACCUUAGGCUACUCCCAGGUGGGUUUAACACUGGUGUCACCAUUCGGUGUUUAAAAAAUCACAUUUAGUAAGUUUCUCUUUAGCCCUAGAAAGGUACCAAGGUGAAUGCUGGGGUCUUGACCCUCCUCUACAGCUAUUGAUGUUAGUUGGCUGGGUUCACCCUUGUGACCCAAGCCUUUGGAUUGGCUACGUCUCCUUGGGGGCUGUGAGGACCACAAGCAACCUCAGUUAUCUUUUGGGGCCAUCUUUCCUGUCUCUUUUGGCAUUGUGUGUCUUCCUGUCAUAUACAUAUAGCCUGCAGUACCAGCUAGCUUUUCACGGGCCCCGCCACUGUGAGCCAAGGCAGUGUCAAAAUGCUUGCAAUCCACGUUCCUCAUGCUGUUUGUCCACAGGUACAACACCAACCGUUUUACUCCAUUUCCCUGCUUCAGAGGGGGAGCUGUAUUCCAGUGCAGUGGGAAGUACCAAGGUGAAGGCUGCUGAAGUUAUUGGAACUGUGACUUCUCAGCAGGGGCUGUAGGAAGCCCCACUGCUUUUAGGGGGCUUUUCCUGGACACCCAGCUUGAGCUCCCAUAAAGGCCCUGUUUUUUUGCAGCUUGUCUGGUUGUCUCCUGACUUGGGAGAGCAGAGGAGCAGGCCUGGGGAUUUGCUUGCUCUUGUGUGUAUUAACUGUGAAUAGUCAAUUCCAAGUGAACAGGUGUCUUCUCAGGGAUUUAUACAUAAAUAGAGUUAGGGGGAAAGUUAAAGUGUAUUUUAAAUCUUUUGAUGUUUAAAUCAAUUAGGAUUAAACUGGACAGAAGAAAUAUUUCCAAGAUAGUGUCAGAGCUGCUGUUUCUAAGUGAGAUCUUGGGACUUGUCUCUCAGUAGAGAUUUAUGGGGACCACAGCAGUGGGAAUGGCUGUGGAUAUGGCUGUGGCUGCUUCUGGGUGUAACCCUUGUGUUAACAGUUACCUCCAGAUAAGCAGAAGUGACUGACGCCGAAAUGGAUAAUCCAUAACCCCCUAGAACUGUUCACUGCACCCCUGGUCUUUUUGCCUUGCUUUCAGGGAUGAAAUAUCCACAGUCAUUCUACAGGAAGCCACAGAGUGCCUCAGGAAGGAUCAGGGAGCCUUGCACACUUGGUCCACCGUGGCUUCCAUGGCAGUGUGCCUGCUGCCCUGGAGCAGGACAGCAGGUGACAGGAGGGACUUCCCACCUUCCUCAGCCCCUUCCAGGCUGCUGGGCCACACCCGAUACCUCCGAAAAAAAGUCAAAAUGGCCAGGGGUUUUCCAGCCCAGCUUUGGAUUCCCCUGACUCCUCUUGCACAUCAGGAAAGGGAGGGUUCAUGAGGUUGGCUAGAAAAUGGGUUUUAUAGACUCAGAGAGGGUGUGCCAAGAGGCCAUGUCCCAUUCCUUCCCAGCUGGCAGCUGGGACCAGGUCUCUGGAAUGGAGCUAAGGUUGUUCUAGAUAAGACAAGGCUUGUGGGAAGGGGGCUGGCUCCAGUCCCCAGGAGUCUGGAGGCAUCAACAGUUAUUUCCCAUGCUGCUCAGAGUGACGGCCUCUCACUGUAAACUCCCUCCUGUUGUACAGUAAGGGGGCUUUUCUCUUCUAGUGGUUGGGAAAUUCCAGCAGGGUCCCCGUGAGUUCUCCAGUGCUGGUCACUGUCUGGAUUCUGGUUUGUGCCUCCAGCCCUUGGUCCCUUCCAGCUGGACAACAAUGUCACGGCUUCUAGAGAAUGAAGGAGGGAACACUGACCAUGAUGGAAUCUUAGAAAACAACAAAGUCACAUUUAUAACAGAAGGAUACCUGGGACCAUCAGACCAGGGUAGAGUGAGCCACACAGAAUGAAAAGCCACUUCCUAGUCACCAUUACCAGCUCCGGACAUCUAUGUAACUUGAGUCAACGAUUCAUUUCUUUGCCCCUGAAGUCACAUGUUUAUUCCUUAACAUUUUAGAUAAGUGACUGAAAAUUCCUCUGGAGGCUUUAUUGUAUUUAUUAUUAUUAUUAUUUAAAGGCUCAACAGUGCUACCUGGGUUGGUCUGGCUGGGUUGGUUUGGCUGGUUUUCAGGUGUUGCUGUUGGAUGCUACAUGCUACACAUGGGGUUUUCACACUCUGCCCCGGCCUGAAGUAAGACUGUAAUGAAAGGCAAAGCCACCAUUGUGCGUCGGCCCCCCUCAGCAGCAGGCUAUAUUAAUGGGGACCAUGUAUGAUACCACUGACAUGUGCAAACUGAAGGGCCAGAAGUCUGUGCUUGUAAAUGUACUAGCUACAGUGGCUCACAAUGAACCCCCCGGGAGUGUCUCUGUGACCUGUUUUGAGGUGUGGUUUCAGGCAGAUUGCAAGGCCUGAGGGUCUACCUGGAGUCCCCAAAUAAUGUGAAAGCUGACGUGGCUGGAGUUUUCACACCCUAGGCUGUCCUGUUAGAGUACGGUGCUGACCCAGGUGGCUAAGAGCAGAUAACCAGCCACAUCUGGGUCAGCUCUGGCUUUGAUGUGUGUCAGUUGCAUGAGGGGUCCAGACCCAAAAGGACCCCCCAGAAGAGCUCUCCCAUCCUCCCAUAGCUGCCCUUCUGCUUGGGGGGGGAGUAUAUUCUGUGGGACUUGACCCAGGUGGACACCCUAGAAUAGCAUGUUAUCUAAGGGAGCUUUGGGAUGUCCCAGUCUGCCUCCGUAUUAGGUCGGCUGACUAGUUCUGGUUUUGAAAACGUUCUCUUGGCUGUGAUGUGACUUCUGUUGUUUUAAAAGAAAAUGUAGAUGGGAGAGAAAUGAAGCUGGCCAUCCUAGGCAGAGCAGUAGGCUGUGUUCAUAGAUUUGGAGAGUAGUAA